AUAAUAGGUAAAAUAGCAACGUCCUCCUUCUAUGAGUCUAACCAUGUCAAUUUCAUAGCGCCAUAAAUGGUGAGAGAUUCUUGUACGCAUUCUCCAAAAUUAGAUCAAACGUAUGCUAUCUCAUACUACUUAUAAAGAAAUUUGUUAUUUUAAUCUAAGCCAAAAUCAUUAAAUCAUUCUCAAAGCACAAGAUAUUCUCCAUAAGUGAAAGUAAUUUACAAAGAGAACAAUCAAGAUGAGAAAAGCAGUGGAUGAAGUUGAAGUUGAGAAUGAGUUAGAGAUUGAUGUUUCAUUUGUUCGUAUAUUGUGGGUUGAUAAUUCAGGACAACAUAGAUGUCGUGCGAUUCCUAGAAAACGUUUCUAUGAUGUUGUUACAAAGAAUGGUGUUGGUUUAGCAUUUGUGAGUAUGGCAAUGACAUCACUUUUGGAUGGACCUGCUCAUGGUUCUGGUUUGGGUUCAGUUGGUGAAGCAAGAUUAACACCUGAUUUGUCUACUAUAAGGACAAUUCCUUGGAGCAAGCAAGAUGAUAUGGUUAUAGGUGAUUUGAAUGUUCAACCUGGUCAGCCUUGGGAAUAUUGUCCAAGAGAAGCUUUAAGAAGAGCUUCCAAAAUUUUGAAAGAUGAAUUUGAUUUGGUAAUGAAUGCAGGGUUUGAGAAUGAGUUUUUUCUGUUGAAGAGCAUAAUAAGAAAAAAUAUGAACAAACAAUUCAGGGAGGAAAAAGAAGAAUGGAUACAAUUUGACUCAACUCCUUACUGCUCAUCGUCCGCAUUUGAUGCUGCUUGCCCAAUUCUUCGUGAAAUUACUUCUGCUUUACAUUCCAUGGGAAUUCCAGUAGAACAGUUACAUGCAGAAGCUGGAAAAGGUCAAUUUGAAUUGGUUUUGGGACAUACCAUUUGUGCUAAAGCUGCGGACAACUUAGUUUACACCCGCGAAACCGUUAGAUCUAUUGCUAGAAAACAUGGUUUGCUUGCAACUUUUAUUCCAAAAUUCUCAUUAGAUGAUUUGGGUUCUGGAUGCCAUGUUCAUCUAAGUUUGUGGCAGAAUGGCCAAAAUGUAUUCAUGGCAUCUGAUGAAUCAUCAAAGUAUGGAAUAUCGACUUUGGGAAAAGAAUUUAUGGCUGGAGUUCUUCAUCAUCUUCCAUCAAUUUUGCCAUUUGUAGCACCACUUCCUAUCAGUUAUGAUCGGUUGCAACCGAAUACAUGGAGCGGUGCAUACUUGUUUUGGGGAAAUGAAAAUAGAGAAGCUCCAUUGCGAGCUUCAUCUCCACCUGGAACUCCCGGUGGUUUCGCGAGUAAUUUUGAAUUUAAAUCAUUUGAUGGUUCUGCAAAUCCAUACUUAGGUUUAACUUCUAUAAUUGCUGCUGGAAUUGAUGGACUGCGUCGACAUCUUUCUCUUCCUGAACCUGUUGAUACGGAUCUUGAUCCCAAAAACCUGCAAAGAUUGCCAAAAUCACUUUCUGAAUCUCUGGAAGCUCUUCAUAAGGCUGAGUUCCUUGACGAAUUUAUUGGUGAUAAGUUGCUUAUUGCCAUAAAAGCAAUUCGAAAGGCUGAAAUUGAUCAUUACUUGGAGAACAAGGAAGCAUUCAAGCAACUCAUACAUCGUUUUUGAGCUACUUGUUUAUUUUAUUCACAUAUAAGAUGUUUUGAAUCACCAAAUUCAUAGAAAAUGGAAACAAUUUAGAGUAACUUAAUAAUUUAUUAGGAUUUAUGUUCGAUUCUUAAGCUCUUUAUAAACUAGCAAAAUAUUCAUUCUGGUUGGUGCAAGGGGUAUCUUGUACUUUAAGGAAGAGAUGAAAAGAUAUGAGUGAGAAUGAAAAAGUGAAUUGAACUUUAUAAUCAA